GCAUAUCUAUCUCCCAAGAGAAAUGUAUGAACCUUGUCAAGUACAUGCAAGUGGCUCUCAUCGGCUCUCUGUCAAGUACUUGCAAAUCUUGAACGUUGUAUCCAGCCUGGAGCACUCUGCAUUCUGCCACUCUUUUUUGCUAACCCUCUCUUCUUUUUUUUCCCCCGCUAAUUUCUUUCCUGUGCAGGCCAAAGCAUGCGAGAUAUUUUUGAGGGCCAUUCGUCAAAGACGAUGUUGUUGGUAGCCAAUAAUGCCAUGCAGGGCGUGCUGUCGUCCUUCUUCUUUAAAUAUGCAGAUUCCAUCUUGAAAAAGUACUCCUCGACUGUGGCCACCAUCUUCACAGGACUUGCAUCUGCAGCGCUUUUCGGCCAUUCGUUGACAAUCAACUUCAUCCUCGGAAUAUCAAUUGUGUUCAUUUCUAUGCAUCAGUUCUUCUCUUCUGCAGCUCAGCCGUUAAAGCUGAAGGAUGAAGGGAGGGUGUCAUUUGGGUCGUCGGUGCCACCUGCCUCCCUGAAGUCUUUCCUACGGGAGCCAUCGUCUACAGGAAUGGAGUCUGGUGUCAUGCUUGAUGAGGUGGGGCUUGGGAAGAAAAGCAGAAGUGAUGAGAACAUGAUGCUUCUUCCACGAUGAUUUUGAAAGUUGAAAUGAUGAAUGACAUUGGGAUUAUUGAUUACUAUUCACCCCGAAGCUCACCUGGGAAAGGAGGAGGUUGGAGAGAGAUGUAGAGCGGGGAUGCAUGGACAGAGUAAGGGAAGAGAGAGAGGGAAAGGGAGAAGGGGAGAAGGCGGAGAGAUUUGUGGUGGAUGACUUUGUGGGAAGUCGCAGACAUAAGUUUGUUGAUAGCUAUUACGAUUUUGAAUAGCUUAUUUGCAUUGCAGAGAAUGAAACAAUUGUUUCAGGACAAUAGGACAGAUUAGUACUAGAGAUGUUUCCAUCCUAGUAUUCUUGUCAACAGGAGUAUAGGACAAUAGAACAGAUAGAUAGCUCCAGAGAUCCUUCCGUCGUAGGAGAAUAACGCCGGCGAUUUCGUGAUUCCAUGGUCUUCAACUAUGUCCUAUAGGACAAUCCUAUAGGAACAAACCUAUAGGAUCUGUUGCAAGGAAAUAUGGAGAGCUAUGGACGGCGGCCCGCAAAUCCUAAGGCUUCUUCAGCAUGGUGGUAGAUGUUGUUUUUUUUUUUCGUUUUCUUUCUUUCUUUCGGCAAUCGCCCCGCCAUUCGCAGGGUUGUCAUUCGCAGAAAGAUCUGUUGAUCUGAUUGAACCGGUUUGCAAGCGACGGCGUUCAUCCUGUCCUGUCGACUCACGCCCGAUCACACGACUGCUGCCACUUGUAUUCUGUUCAUUUGAUUGAACCGAUUGGCAAGCAGCCGUGCCCCCAUGAAAAUGAUAAGUGGCGGCCUUGUUUCACUUUCGGCGGCCCAGUUUCAUUUUCUGCAAAGCUUUUCACCAAGUGCUAGGUAUCGCUAGCUGCAAUCGUAUGUCAUUUUUCGCUGCUAAGUGGAAUAAAUUUUGCGUUUUUUA